AAAGUUUAUUUAGAAAAGUUUAGUACGUCGCUUUGUAAGAAAGAAAUAACAGUAACAGUAAAACACCGUUGUUUUUUGUUUAGAAAAAAUAUAUAAUGAUAAAAGGCACCUAAAUUAUCUUGCACGCGAAAAAAUUUUUUUUUUUAAUUAAUCACGCGCGGGAGUUUGGCGCGCUCUUGUGGCGGAAGUCUGUCACGGCGAUCAGACAAAAUCGAAAACUUUUUAGACUCAAAUAAAUUUGCUUUUGUCGUCACUUUUCGUUUUUCUGGAUCAUCAUCAUCAUCAUCAUCAUCAUCAUCAUCUUCAUCAUCAUCAUCAUCUUCAUCACCAUCAGCCUCGGUAAAGGUUCCAGAGGAGAUUCGUUACAUCCGGGUCUCUAGCGUCCCUGGAUACAGGAGCUCAAUGUAAACAAACCGGAUGUUCACCAAAACACAGAGAGAAGUUCUACCCACACAUCACUGAUUUGCUACAGAGCUGUUUUAGGUGAUAUGGAGGUUUCUGCGGGUGAUGUCUUUCGUUCUGGAGCCUCUGAGAGUCCGCGGACCCCACAUCCGGAUCUUCAGGAGAAGGACUGUCCAGCAGAUCCAGUGUCUGUGGAUCAUAUGAACAUCACAAAGGGUUUUCUGGAUGAUAUUUCUCGGCCGGCGUCUGGAGAGAUCAGGAGACUGAGUCGGGAUGCUCCCAGAUCUCUGGAGGUGCUCAGUCCGGACGUCAAACACUCCGAGCAGGUUCAGACGGAUCUCACAGAAGACGGCUCUGAUCGAGAAGAGUCCGAUGAAGAGCAUGAAGAUCCAGAGCUGAGGAAAGCCGUGAAGAAAAUGAAGAGACUGGACCGGAUCCUGGCUCUCAAGGCGUCGGCGGAGAGAGAGGUGAAGAAGAGAGGAAAGGAGCAGCACCGGAGACUGUGGGAGGAGCUUCAGGCCGCGGCUCCCGGGACGAGCAGCAGCGAGUCGGAGAACAGCAGGCGCUUCCUCUCUGAACACCAGGACUGUGAUGAAGAGGAUCUCGUCCCUGUGUUUGAGACUGAGGUCCUGAUCACCGGACACCGGACGGAAGCGGGUCAGCAGGUGACCGAGGGUCAGUCGUCAGACGGCAGACACACAGGAGCUGCUCACAGCAAGCACAGGCAGGACGUGGUGAGGAGGAAUAUAGAGCUCGCAGGAGCGUCAGGAAGCUGCUUUCUGCUCACAGCACAGGAGAAGGAGAGGAUCGAGGAGCUGCUGAAGGAUCUGGAGGAGGACGCCACAGAACCGGGUGUCUCGUCAUCUCUAUCAGUCGGUGAAGGUUUCAGUCCUGAACCUGCUGAACUCCAAAGUCUCCAUCAUAUUGACUCCAGACUGCAGCUGCUACUUCCUGUUCAGGACUUCCUGUCUGUGCGGAGCUCGUCACAGGAGAAGAAGAGAGACACACCGAGACAGAGACGAGACGACGAGAGACGCCUGCAAGAAAUCCAGCAGCAGCUGCAGCUCCUGGAGGAGAACGAGACGAGCACUUCGGUUCGUUUGUCUGACGAGGACUUGAGGAAUCUUCUGCUGGAAUGUGAGGAGGACUUGAUCCGAUCUCCUGCAGGUUCCUCGUCAGAAACAUCUCUGAGGACGAGCUCGGCUCUGGACGCUUCUCCACGUCUCUCCGGCUCGGGUCUGCUUCAGGACGUCUCGGCACAGGGAGACUGACAAAGAAAAAGCCACGAAAUAUGAAGGAGAAAGGUCUUCUGUUUUCUAUUUUACUCUGGUUCAUAAUCUAGGUCUUCGUGCUUUUAGAGUUACACAAUAAGUGAGGACAUGAAAGUGUGUUUGUCAUCCAGUCUCUGAUGUGUCUGCCAGCGUCAGGAUCACAAUCAGUCUCCAGAACAUCUGAAAUAGAACGUAAGAGGACAAAAUAAAAUGUUCCUUUUUAAAAAUCAAA